UCUCUCUCUCUCUCUCUCUCUCUCUCUUCCAUGGCCAAACACAUAGUAAUGUUCCCAUACAUGGCCCAAGGCCAUCUCAUCCCUUUCGUAGCAUUGGCCAAGCUCAUCGAGCAACGAACGGCACACACCAUCACCAUCGUCACCACUCCACUCAACAUCCCAACCGUCGAAUCCUCCCUCCCUCCUAACACCUCCAUCCGCCUCUCUUCCCUUCCCUUCAACAGCUCCGAACACGGCCUCCCUCCCAACUCAGAAAACACAAACACCUUACCGUUCACUUUCAUUCUCAAACUCUUCGAAGCCUCCCAAACCCUCCAACCCUCCUUCGAAAGCUUCAUCUCCGACCUAUCCCAAACCGAAGGCCUGCCUCUCUGCAUCAUCGCUGACGUCUUCUUCGGAUGGACGGUCGAGAUCGCUCAGCGCCUCGGCAUCUACCACACCGUCUUCUCCACAUGCGGAGGCUACGGUACUGCCGCCUACUUCCCUCUCUGGCUGCACCUCCCGCAUACGAAGGCCGACUCGGACGAGUUCACUCUUCCCGGUUGGCCCGACACGAUCCGACUGCAUCGGAGUCAGAUGUCGUGGUAUAUGAGAGCUGCGGACGGCUGUGAUCCGUGGUCGGUGUUUUUCCGACGGCAGUUAUCGUUUUCUUUGAGAUCAGAUGGAAUGCUUUGUAAUUCAGUGGAGGAAAUGGAAGUCAAGGGGCUGGAUUUGCUGAGGAGAUUUACCGGGCUUCCGGUGUGGAGCGUCGGACCUUUGCUCCCUCCAUCUCUCCUUAAUCCAUCGUCUUCCUCGACUUCCUCUCAUGCAAGUACAGGAAAAGAACCCGGCAUUUCCACCGACCGCUGCGUCGAGUGGUUAAAUCUCCGCCGUCCAUCUUCCGUUCUUUACAUCUGUUUCGGGUCCCAGAACACCAUCUCCGCGCCACAGAUGAUAGAGCUGGCGAUGGGAUUGGAAGCGAGCGGCCAGGAUUUCAUUUGGGUCAUCAGGCCGCCGUUGGGGUUCGACAUAAACCGCGAGUUCAGAUCGGAAUGGCUACCGGAGGGGUUCGAGGAUCGGAUCACGAAGAGUAAGCAGGGGAUUUUGGUGCGUAGGUGGGCCCCGCAGGUGGAGAUACUGGCGCAUGUGUCGACGGGAGCUUUUCUCAGCCACUGCGGGUGGAAUUCGGUGCUGGAGAGCUUGAGCCAGGGCGUGCCGAUGAUCGGAUGGCCGUUGGCUUCGGAGCAGUUCUACAACUCGAAGAUGAUGGAGGAGGAGAUGGGCGUUUGUGUGGAGAUCGCGAGGGGGGGUGGUAUGGAUAUCGAGAGGGAGAAUGUGAAGCGUCUGAUCGAGAUGGUGAUGUGUGGGACAGAGGGAGAGGAGAUGAGGAGGAAGGCUUUGGAAUUUAGGGAGAUUAUAAGAGCGGCCAUGAGAGAAGAGGAGAUGGAAGGAGGAAGGAAAGGAUCUUCCAUUGCAGCCAUUGAUGAUUUCAUUGCGACAGCGACUGCGACAGCGAAGAAAUGUUGUGGGGGUGAGAAUGACUGAGAUAAGAAGCGAGUUGAUCUGAGGGGUAAAAAAAAAAAAAAAGAGGGAAUUUUCCCGUAAGCUGCCUCUGUUUCAGUUUCCGGAUUAAAAAACCUAUCAUUUAAAACCAUUUCUCUGGAACAGCAUACUGUUUUUAUAGAGAGAUCUUGAGCAUCAUGGCAUGGUUAAAUUGAAGUUUCAAAUAUACUGAGGGUAGUAAUCUAACAAGUUUUGAAAAGUUUUUCCGAUAAAAUUGUUAUUAUUGUUGAUCAGUAGUAAUACGGUUUUUUAGUGAAGAAAAAGUUAUGUCAUAUUAAAUCCCAAUAAAGUUAUGUGGAUAGAAGUUGUUAUUGGGCUUAUUGAAAUUUAAAUUCAAUUCA